CUUGUGUUUCCUCAUUCACCCCAUUUUCGCUUUCUUUAGAGGUCGCACGCAUCGCUGUGCAUCUAGCGACGAUGCACCCACCCCGGCGCUUCGUGCUUCUCGUCCUAUCGCUCGUCUAUGCAGCACAAGUCUCUCAUUCGGCUUCGACAUCUGCGCCCCAGUCCUCGUUGCGUACACACGACCAUGCGGCACUGUCGAUGAUGGCGCCUCUGGCCGAGGGUGCUCCCAGUGCGCAGACUUCGCUCCUCGAUCGCAUUGGCCGCCUCUUCGACUCGUGGAUCCCCUCCGAUGGGGACAUGACCACCGGUGAAGGCGGUGGCGGCUUUUUUGGUGGGGACAGCGCCACAUUCGCUUGGGGUGGCAGCACGCUCGAGGUAGUGAAAACGCAAGCGACCUACCUCACUCGACCAGCCGCCUUUGGACCAAGGAUCACGUCUGACGAUGGACUCCGUGGCGCAUUGCUGCCCAUGAGUGACUUUUAUCGGGACUUGUCCCACGACAGCCAAAGUAGGACCCCUUCUAGAAGUUCCUCAGCAGCAUCACUAGCGGACAAUCACGGAUGUCCUUACAAGGAUGGGCCGGGGUGGCGCGAUCAGGACUUUGACGAUGACGACGAUGAUGAUGAAGACGGCAGAGAUGUCGGCCGCAGUGUCCUUUCCGAUGUACACAAUGCUAAGAAGGGUCCUACACCGCCCAAGGACUGGAUCGCCCUCGUCGAGCGCGGCGGCGGCUGUGCGUUCAUUGCCAAGGUCCGCGUCGCACAGGCGCUCGGCGCCACGGCCGUCGUUGUGGGAGAUGCGCCGAGCCCCGGCUACGAAAAGGGACCUGGCAACGAUCCGGGCGAGGACAGCGAUCCUGGCCUGAGUGGUCGAUUGGUGACGAUGUUUGCGCCUGGCGACACGCGCGACAUCCAGAUCCCCAGUGCCUUUGUGACGCGGCCCAGCUACUUGGAUCUCACGCGGCUUAUCGAGGAGAUGGACAAGGAGCGAAGCGAGCAGCAGAGGCAAGAGUGUCGUGCUGCAAAGGGCAAAGCAAAAGAAGAAGCGUGCAAGGACCCGAUGGCAAGAGACGGCAGGCGAGGCGGGCUCGAGGUCGUCUUGGGAAGGGAUGAUAUUAUGUGGGAGUGGCCUCUGAUCGAUCUGGCUUUCAUCCUGCUCCUACUCCCGUCCUUUAUGACCAUCACGACCAUCAUCGUGCACCGAAUCCGACUCGCGCGUCAGAGGAGAAAGGAAAGGGCACCGGAGCCUGUCGUUCUCGGAUUGCCUUGCCUGAUUUGGCGGGGAAAUGGCCAGCCAUGGGAAAAGAUCGAAGGGGUUGUCAACAAUGCCGGUGAGGGGGCUGCUUCUCCAAACGGCUCGCCAGCCUCGGCUUCGUCUUCUGCCUGCGAACAGUCAGCACUCGCCGAAGCAGACGUGGAGCGAGGGACAGGUGGGCAAGUCGAGCUCGACACCGUCGGAGACGACCGAGACGACGGCGAGGCUGCUCCCGGACCCUCUAGGCAAAUUCUCAAGACUACACCCAUCCCUCCUCCUCCGCCGACAAACCACCAUUCUUUCCUGCCUCCCGGACGAUCGUACUACAGCUGCGACGAGUGUGCAAUCUGCCUUUCUGAAUUUGUUGACGGCGACAAGGUGCGCGUUCUGCCUUGUGGUCAUGUCUUUCACCUGCCCGAGAUCGACUCGUGGCUGCUCAAGGUUCGCAAGCUGUGUCCGAUCUGCAAGCGCGACAUCACGGUCCCUGUGCCUCCCACUCCCCCAGCACCGGCGCUUCAUGAACCCUCUGCUUCUUCCUCGAUUCCUUCUCCCUCGACAGCACCAACCCCACACCAUGACAUUGAGCCGGAUGAGUCGAUGCCAUUGCUUGGCCCAUCCUCUUCUCGCUCAUGAUGCUACUCUUCUCUCUUUCUCUCUUCGUGUAUUUUUCUUACAGAUCAUUCUUUCUUGAGUGAUUCUACGUGUAGCUUCUGUCCAUUCCCAAUCCACAUCAUCACCUUUCAACAUGCUUUUUCACGA